CUCUCAUCCCCAAAAAAAUACAUUUAUUGAAGCUCCAUACUACUCUUGUGAACUUGAUCAAUCAUAACAUCAUUAAUGGCUUCCUUUUGGACAUCAUUCUUGGCAAUCUUCAUACUUUCCAUGGCUUCUCACUCCUCACUAGCCUUACAAUCCCAGCCAGAAACACAGUUUUCAAGCAUAUCAGCUGCACCAGCAUUUCUUCCAGGUGCUCCUCUAUCUUCCUCUCCAACCCUUUCUCCUGAUAUCUCUCCGUUGUUUCCAUCUCCUGGUGGUGUGCCUCUCUCUCCAUCUAAGUCUUCUCUUCCCACCAUCCCUGCGAGUCCGAGCCCACCGAACCCGGAGGUCAAUGUUGCUCCUGGACCAGACCAGGCUCUUGCUCCAUCAGGCUCUCUCCCAGUUUCCUAUGCAGUUUCUGUCACUUCAUCUCUGCCUAUAAAUGUAAUGUUCUUUCUUGGCUUGCUGGCUUGGUCUUUUGUGUAUGUGUAAUGCAGAUUUUGGGGUAACUGGGAAGGAAAACAAAAAAGAGAAGAAAUGGUGGUGGAGAGAUUAAAUUAUUGUAACUAGUGGUUUCCACUUUAUGUUUGUAAACUAUUUUAGUUUUAUAGAGUGAUUUAGUGCGAGUUAAUUUUGUCAUGGAUUGUGAUUAGGUAUCUAAAAGAGUUAAAAAAAUAAAAAGUUGCAAUUUUCUAUCA